UUCAGAGAUGAGGAGAUUUUUGGUUGAUAGAGCAAGUAUUGAGAAUGUGAAUGUUGUACAACAAGAAGCCGAAUUAGAACCGCCACCUAAUAUGGUUAAUGAGUUUAACCCAAAUGAGAUUGUGCGUGAUCCAGGUCAUAGGAAACAAACGAGCUUUCAAAUAUAUUGCAAAGAAAAGAUCUUAAUAUUGUGAAUGCCAUGGAAUUAGUUGAUGUUGUCAAAGCUCGGUUGGGCACAAUGAGAGAGAGAGUGGCUGGAAUAAUUUUUUUGCCGAUGUCCAAGGAUUUUGUGUUGCUACCAGUUCGGGGUCGUUCAAGAGCAGAAGGGAGGACUAUCACUAAUCUUCAUCAUUACCGUCCAGAGAUUUUUUAUGUUGCUAUUGAUAAAAUAUGUGUGGAGAUGGAUCACCGCUUUAGUGAAGGAAGUAACAUUAUACUUGAUUGCUUCUCAUGUCUUGACCCCAAGAACUCUUUCUCCAAGUUUGAUGUUGAUAAGCUUGCUCGUCUUGCUGAUAUUUAUCAUGCAGACUUUUCUGAUGAUGACCGAGGAACAAUUAGGGAUCAACUUGAAACUUAUGUGCUUCAAGUGAGAAGAAAUGCUUCUUUUUCCACUUGUGAAGAUGUUCAAAGUUUGGCUAUGAAGAUGGUUCAAACUGAGAAACAUUUGGUAUUUCCAUUGGUUUAUAAACUUAUUGAGCUAGCUUUGAUAUUGCCGGUGUCGACAGCAUCCGUUGAAAGAGCUUUUUCAGCAAUGAAGAUUAUCAAGUCUAAAUUGCGCAAUAAGAUCAACGAUGUGUGGUUCAAUGACUUGAUGGUAUGUUACACCGAGCGGGAGAUAUUCAAGUCACUUGAUGAUAUUGAUAUUAUUCGAACAUUUACCGCAAAGAAGUCUCGGAAAGGACACUUGCCUCGUAAUUUUAUUUAACCCGCUAUUGUAAGAUUAUGUUUAUCUCUUUUAUUUUAAACUAUAUUUUUGUUGACAAAAU